UAGACACGCCCCCUCCGGUGCAUUGUGGGGCGGUGUUUCUACACGUUGAGCCGGCAUGGCAGGCAACAGGAAGAGGAAGUUGGAGGAUCUCAGCGUGGACGAGUUCUUGGCAUCUGGCUUUGACUCGGAUGAUGACAGGAACUCGGAGGAAGAGGCGCCUGUGCUGAACAAUGGGAAGAGCAAGAAGUCAAAAAAGUUGGCUGUUGCUGCUCAAGACAAAGGUGACAAGAGGAAAGGCAAGGCAUCUCAACACAAAGAACAGCUCUCUCGCCUCAAGAGCAAAGAUCCCGAAUUCUACAAGUUUUUGGAGGAGAAUGACUGCUCCCUGCUGAACUUUGAUGACAGUGAUAGCUCUGAAGAUGAAGAACAGAAGUACCACACGCCACCCAGUCACCUUGAGGAGGUCAGCUGUGAUGAAGAAGAGGAAGAAACAGAGAAAAAAACCCGCAAAUCUAGAGAGUCUGUUAAAGUCACUGAGAAGAUGGUGGAAGAAUGGAGAGCAUCACUUAGGGAGAAUCCCACGCCUCAUCUGUUCCACAUGGUCGUUCAGGCCUUCAAAGCUGCUGUAGUAACCACCAAAGGAGAAAGUGGGGAGCCCUGUCGCUUCAAGGUGGAGGACAGUUCAGUGUUCAACGCCUUGAUUCUGUUUUGCAUCCGAGAUGUGUCUUUGGCCUUGCAAAAGAUGUUACACCUGAAACCAGAGCAGGACCAGAAGAAGUUGGUGUUGCCAUCAACCAGUCCCAGAUGGCAGAAGAUCCAGGUGGACAUCAAGAUGUACCUCGGCAAUCUUGUUCAGCUCUUGUCCUGUUUGACCGAGUCCACUGUGGUUGCUGCGGUUCUGCGACAUGCUAACCAGAUGGUGCCUUAUUACCUGUGUUUGCCUAAACAGGGCAGGGUCUUCCUGAAGCAACUGAUAAAGCAGUGGAGUACAGGGGAAGAGACCGUGCGAGUCCUGGCCUUCCUGGCCCUCAGCAAGAUUUGCCGCCACAAGCAGGAUGACUACUUGAACCCUGUCCUCAAGCAAAUGUAUAUUGCAUAUGUGAAGAACUGCAAGUUCACCUCGCCAACCACUCUCCCCAUGAUCAACUUCAUGCAGCGCACGCUCACAGAGAUGUACUCAUUCAACACCCAAGUGUCCUAUCAGCAUGGCUUUAUCUACAUUCGGCAGCUAGCCGUGCACCUGAGAAAUGCCAUGACCAUGAAAAAAAAGGAAACUUACCAGUCUGUGUACAACUGGCAGUUUGUUCACUGCCUGUACCUGUGGUGUCGAGUGUUGAGCUCAUUGCACCCCAGCGACGUGAUGGAACCCCUCAUCUACCCUCUGUGCCAGGUCAUUUUGGGCUGCAUCAAGCUAGUGCCCACAUGUCGGUUCUUUCCGCUGCGCAUGCACUGUGUCAGGGCCCUGAUCCUGCUCUCUGACAGCACCAAGACUUUUGUCCCCAUCCUGCCAUUUCUACUAGAGGUCUUCCAACAAACAGACUUCAACAAGAAGCCGGGGCGUCUCACCACCAAGCCUAUCAACUUUGCCGUGAUCCUGAAGCUGAGCAAUGCCAACCUGCAGGAAAAGGCCUUCCGGGACGGCCUAAUUGAACAGCUCUACGACCUUCUGCUGGAGUAUUUCCACAGCCAGGCCAGCUCAGUUGGGUUCCCUGAGCUCGCGCUCCCUGCCAUUGUCCAGCUGAAAGCCUUCCUGAAGCAAUGCAAAGUAGCCAACUACUGCAAGCAGAUCCGUCAGCUGCUGGAGAAAGUUCAGGAAAACUCGGCAUAUGUGACAGAGCGCCGACAAAGGGCUGCAUUUGGUGUCAGCGAUGUAGCGGCGGUGGCGGCAUGGGAACGAGAGACUGCUGAGCAGGGGACCCCUCUAACCAGGUACUAUAGCCAGUGGAAGAAACUGCGGGAGAAGGAGAUCCAGCUGGAGAUCUCAGGCAAGGAGAGGAUGGAAGACUUGGACUUGCCUGAGAUCAAACGCAAGAAGUUCCAGGAAAGCAAAGAGGAAGACAAGAAAGCGUUUAAGGAUCUCUUUGAAUCAGACAGCAGCUCUGACGGAGAAGGUGUGGAACUCAGAGUGAAAGGCAAGAGAUCUCAAGAAGUCAAAGAUGAGCAUGAAAUGAGCAGUGAGGAUGAGGAAGGGGAAUAUAAUGUAGAGGAAGACUCAGAGGAUGAGGAAGUUUCAGACUCUGAUGGAAAUGAAGAUGGGCGGAAGCAGUCAUACAAAGUGGACCUAAAGUUGCUGGCUGAAGGAGAUGAUGACAUGGUGGAAGAUCUGGAACUCUCCGACCAGGAGUAGAUGGGCCUAGCAGGACAGGGAUGCUGUAUUGUAACAGUGGGCCAAAGCCCUUACCUCCAAACAAUUUUAUGACCCUACCUUCUUUCCCUUCCAUUUGACAUUCUUGGUCUUCCCAUUGCUUCACAACUUAUGGACACUAUGAUCACCACAGGCUCUCCCUUUAAUGCUGAUUUUCACUGAAAUGUAUAGAUGCUGUGUUUCAUAUAUAUUUUUAACAGAAUACAGAGGAAAAAAAAACAGAUUCCUAUGCACUACAUCUUGAUUGUGUGAGAUUCAACCAGGAAUCUUCAGUUUCAAGACAAAAGACUAAUCAUGAUACCAGCUGCUGGAAAAUUAGUGAUCCUUAUUUGUCAUGUUUGUAGAGUGGGCUUUCAUGCUCAACUUCAACAAUAUCCAAAAUCUCCAAUAAUUAUUGAAGAAAUUAAAUUACCAAGUAACAGAAAACAGUGGGUGACACAGUGGCACA